CCACCAAGCGUUCAAAAACCGAUUUCCUCGUCCCUUUCAUCAUGGGUCGUCGCUCCGCUUCUCCGCGCCGUAGCCGUAGCCGCAGCCCACGCCGUGCGCGUCCGCGUAGUCGUAGCAGCAGUCGUGGGGGACGCGGCUCUUCUCCGCCCAAGCGCUCGCGCUCUCGGUCGCGUGGAGACCGCAACCGGGGCCGCUCUCGUUCUCGUUCGCGUGACCGCCGACGAGACCGGAGCAGGGGCCGUGAUCGUCGCGGACGCUCGCGCUCGGCGGACCGCGGCCGUCGGGACCCCAUCAGUCUCUUGGUGCGCAACUUGUCUCCCGACACGUCGGCCGACGAGCUGCGUCGCGCCUUCUCGCGUCGUGCGGGCGACAUCCUGGACGUGUACAUCCCCAAAGAGUACAGCACCAACCGCCCCCGCGGCUUCGCCUUCAUCGAGUUCGCAGACGCGCGCGUGGGUCGCGACGUCAAGUUCGAAAUGGACCGCACGCAGCUCGGGGGCCGCGAGAUCGCCGUGCUCUUCGCCAAGCAGCACCGCAAGAGUCCGCAGGAAAUGCGCCGUAUCCUCAACCUGCCGACCGAGGGAUCACCCAAACGCUCGCCCCGCCGCCGCUCCAACUCGCGUUCGCGCUCUCCGAAGAGACGCAGUGCCAGCCCAGGAGACAAGCGAUCGGCUUCUCCGCGUGCUUCACCGUCUCCACGUCGUACUUCUCCGUCGCCUAAGCGCGAGGAAUCCAGCGCAGCUCGCAGCCCCUCCGCGAAUAAUGCCAAGGGCGAUGAGACCAUGUCUGAGUGAGCUGGAAGGGAAAUUGUUCAUAGCAGCAUCUAUAUCCCCAAUGCGAGCAGUAGUUGGCAAGGUUGCCGCGAGUCUGCAGAAAAGAUAACAGCAAAAAAGAUGCCAGUCGAACGAAGAGAGAGAGAAGAGGAAACAGGAACGGGGAGAGAAGGCUUGCAUUUUAAAAUCGAUCAAGAAUGUUUCAUGGUCACACGAUGCUUGCGUUCGAAGAUGACGCCGCCAAGGUUCAAGAUGGCUGGCGGUGUUUUGUGCUGUUGAAGAGUGCCACGGACAGGAGCAGGGUGUUCAGGGACUUCAGGACGACGGCAUCCUCUCAUGACUCCCAGUUAUGAUAUCACCAUGCAGCACCGCACGAGCAGUAAAUCAUGCAACGGGUAACUCGCGGCAGAUAAAAGCAAAACGAGCUUCUCCAGUAGUGGAUCAGAGGCUACACAGGUACGUCGUGUUUGAGCCACAAAAGAUUAUUGCUUGCAUAUUUUCUUUUUGUGGUACUUGUACAAGUGUUGUUCCAACACUGUUGUAUUAUAAAUCUUUUAUUUUUAAUAUUACUUGAUCGCUUGUGCUAACUCA